AUGGAUCCGUACGAUGGGCCCACGUCACCUGGCAGGGGUCGUGGGGGAGAUGGAUACCGUCGUCGUUCGCCAGGUAUCUCGCAAGACCGCCGACGAAGUGGUGCAGGUCGCGGACGAUCGCGCUCACCCCCAGGUAUCGACCGAUACGAACCCCAAGAUCGCAGUCGGGGUAAUCGUGCCGACGAGUAUUACACUCCUACUCGAGAUAAUCGAGACUAUGCACCUCGCGAUCGCGACGAUCGCCGACGAGCUGCUUCACCGGCUGCCAUUGAUCGCUACAUUCCAGGCCAAGAUGCAGGCAAACGAAUCGUGCCGACAAACCCUCUUCCAAACCCCAUGUCACUUGAUAUACAGGUCGGUUUUACCUGGUUCGCAGAAUGGUGGAGGGCAGAACAAAAUAUCAAAGAGGAAAAGGAACGCGCUAAGCAUGGUGGACGUCACCCUUUGAAUCGCCUCAAAGGCGAGAAGGAAGCUCGUGAAGAUCGGGAUAAAGAGAAGAGCUUGAUUCAGGCCGCUUACGACAGUUAUAAGGCGGAUUUGCAGAUCAAAAUGUCGCGCACGUUUGUUAAGCAGCAUCGGAAUGAGGAGUGGUUUAAGGAGAAAUAUGUUGCAGAGGUUCGCGACCCUUUGAGAAGACAGAUGAUGGAGUUUCGACGCGGUGUCUAUGAUCAGUGGGAACGCGAUAUUGAUUCUGGCUAUUUUGAUGAGUUUACACUCGAAGGGAUCUAUAAAAGCGAGAGUGAUGGUGCAGGUGGUGUGAUUGAAAAGGAGGAAGGAGAAGCCACUGCGGUCGGGGAGACACUCGGCGUUCUUGACCUACUACCAGCACGAGGCGCAGAAUUGCGCGAUGAGGCUUUGUCGCAGCCUGUUUUAUUGAUCAAGACUCUGGCACCGAAUGUGAAUCGAAUCAAGAUUGAGGAGUUUUGCAAAGAGCACUUGGGUGAACAAGAUGGUGGGUUCAGAUGGCUCAGUUUGAGCGAUCCUAAUCCUUCCAAAAAGUUCCAUCGAAUGGGGUGGAUCAUACUGCACCCUGCUGCACAUGAACCUGCUCUUGUGGAAAGAGGCGAUGGUCGGGAUGAAGAAGGGGAAGAGAAGGAACCAGAGGCUACCACUAACGGAUCGAAGACGGCAUCCGCGGCAGAGAAAGCAUUGGAAGCUGUUAAUGACAAAACCAUUUAUGAUCCUGUCAAUGGAGAUUUCGUUUGCCAUGUUGGCGUGCAUGUUCCUCCGUCGCAGCCUCGCAAAAAGGCUUUGUGGGAUCUAUUCUCCGCUCCUGAAAGGAUCGAGCGUGAUCUUGAACUUGCGCGUCGUCUUAUUGGUAAAUUGGACACGGAGAUGGGAGAUGUGGAUGCAUGUACCAAGAUUGAGGGUAAAGUGGAGGAUCUUCAUCAAAGAGGCUUCUUGCAACCGACUGUAUCGUCCGGCGCAUCCAAGAAGAAGAAUGGACUUGACACGGAAAUGGAUGACGGAGAAGCUGAAGAAGGUGAAGAAAUGGAGGGUUUGGAUGAGGAAGAUAUUGACGAUGAAGAUCUACUGGUGAAAAAGAAGAAAAUCGAUUUGAUGGUGGAAUAUCUUCGACGAGUGCACAACUUCUGUUUCUUCUGUGUUUUCGAAAGUGAUUCGGUACACGAAUUGGUUCGAAAAUGUCCUGGUGGUCAUCUUCGUCGUCCUAGGUCUGGCCUCAGCAAUCAGGCGAAACAGGUUGCUAGAGCCAGUGCUAUGGGCCAACCAUUCCCUACCAAGAAGAAGGAUGCCAGUGAGGAAGGUGAAGAAACCCCAGCAGCGGAGGAGAAGCGACCUCAGAAAUUGUCUAAAGGUGAACAACAGCUACAACGUGCAUUCAACUGGGUCAAGACGUUCGAAGAUAAGCUUCUUCAGAUUCUCGAGCCGGAGAAUGUGGAUCUUACGAAACUUGGUGGGAAGGACGUUGAACAAGCGUUGGAAGAAGAGUUGUCCAAAUACGUAAAGCAAGAAGAUGAGUCCAAGUUUCGAUGCAAGGUCCCAGAAUGUUCGAAGUUAUUUAAGGCGGAUCAUUUUUGGCGCAAACAUGUGGAAAAACGUCACGAGGAAUGGUAUCAGAAUAUCAAAAAUGAUCUGUUGCUGGUCAAUGAAUACGUCCUUGACCCGGCUCAUAUUGCUCCUUCGCGCACGGAUGCCAACAGCAAUGGCCACUUUCCAUUCAGCAGCAACCACAUUCAACCAGGCACACCUCGCGGCUUCAACCUGGCCGCUAACAUGCCGUACUUUAACGGCAGCAACGUCCCCAAUACAUUUCAAGGCAUGCAUGCAGUCCCUGGCUUUAUGGGUGUCAACGCACCCGGUUUCAACGGCAUGAUGACCGGCGACGGCACAAUGAUGUCCCACCACGGCCAACCAGGCGUCAUGCGUCGUGGAGGAGGGCGAUACAGUAACCGCUCCGGCCCAUACGAUCGUCGUGGCGGAAACCGCAAUAAUAACCACGGCCGCCUCAGUCCCGUCCGCGGUAUGCCGGGUAUGUUUGGCCGUCUUCCAGGCGGUGGCGGCAGUAUCAGUGGUAUACCGUAUGUCCCACCAGGUCACCCUGCAGCUGCCAUGUUGCCAGCGGGCGGUAUCCCCGCUGGUGCUGGUGCUACUGGCGCCGGAGGUACACUAGAUGGACAUCAAGCUAUGGGACCGCGAGAGGCGGUUCAGGGCCGUAGUUUGAAGAGUUAUGAGGAUUUGGAUGCGGUCGGUGGUUCGGGUAGUGGGGAGUUGAAUUAUUAG